AUGCCCCAGGGAAACGUUCCGCCACCAGUACUGCCACCGCCAGUUACCGAUCCUCCUCGAGACAAUCUCCGACAUGGUCCCUGGCUUCAGAUCUUAGAUCGUGCACACGCAAUUGGGCCCCUGCCGACAAUCUCCAACACGCUUGCUGAAGAGGACAUCGAACCGCCUCACGCCUUCAGUCAGCCAGACACAGCAAUCAACAGCCCUCGCCCUCCACCUCAAGUCUUUCCAUCAACAAACCCCUCGCCCUCUCUACCUCCACAGAGCUUGCAAUCUGCAUCUCAACCCGAGCGCGCCGAUCGAAAUCCACACGCCCUCCAGGCCCCCGAAGCCCGGAGGGAUCCCGAGUGGUGGCGCAUCCACGACGAAGCAAUUCACAUCUUCGAUACGCGGAGGGAGCAUAUCGUCGAUCGUCACGAUGAAGCCUUGCUCUCGCAAUACGAGCAAAUCAACGAGGCCCUGCCCCUCUUCCCCGAAAACAGACCGCACUGGACUGAUCAAAAUCGACAAGACGCAAGAGAGCAUAAUCAGGAAAUGGUAGGCACGAAGGAGAAAGCGCAACCAGACCCGAAUCCCCACGAAGAAAGCGUGAAGGAUGAAGUGGAGAGAUUUGUCAAAUCGGAGGCGCCACCUCCAGAGAAUCCUCCAUUACAGCUCGUUCCUGCACAAGGUCCUCGCUCGAGUGAUAAUCAACUGCAGCUGUGCUUUCUUCAGGGCAUCGCAAUCUACCUCCGCCGGGGCGACAUCGAUCGAUGGCGGUAUCUAGUCGAAACCAAGUACCUAUUCGACCCAAUCCAGAAAGCGCAAAUCUUCAGCAAUCAACAAAUCUCCCGUCAAGACAACUGGACCGUCCGCUUCCUCACCCCCUCCAAAUCCAUCGCCUCCCUAGUCAGCAUCCACGACCCCCUCUACCGCAACGACGGCAAACCGCUACAACGCCCCUCGAUCAACACGCUCGGGCAGCCCGGGCUCUCAAUUCUCUGGCCACUGCUCACGCAGCACGAACAGCGUGCUCUGGCCGCCUACUGGAAUGCUCUGCCUCCCUUUAAUCGAGCCAUUCCGAAUCCACAUCCUAAAGACGCGAGCAAGAGGGCGAAACCACGCCUCAUCUCCGAGGAUGCGAGGGGAGGCAAGAAAUGGGACUGGUCCGGUCUCUACCAACCCAUUCGACCAGAAUUUUGCCCCUGUUUUCCAAAAUCUGUGUUACCAACACCCCUGCGAACACGACGUCAACACGACAGUAAUCCACAUCGGCGCCUGCUGCGACAAAGCGCUCCUGCGGCAGCGGUGCCAGAACUACGAGAAUGGGCAUUGCACAUUCCAGCAUAA